GGUCAACCAGGUCCAUCUGGAUCGAUGGGUCCUGCAGGUCCUAAAGGUUUGACGGGGGACCCAGGUACUGUUGGAGAAAAAGGAUUUUCAGGUCAACCUGGAUCUCCUGGAAAUCCAGGAGCGCAAGGUGCUGCUGGAGACACAGGUUCAUCCGGGCAG